AUAUAGUUCGACUCUGGAGGAUCAAGAAAAGGAAGGCAGAGGCGAGAAAAAAUGAUCUCGGAGUCAAAUUGCUCAGACUCUGUCAAAUGCUGUACACGCGAUAAGUGUUUUGCAGCAUUUCGGUGAAUAUUUGAGGGGUUUUGGAUGUUUUUGUGUACUGAAUUGUGAUAAUUUCUCCAGGAGAAAUGAUCAUCCGUGAGAUUUUACUUGUUCUCCUCGCGAGAAGCACUCUUGGACAUCUGACAACCAAUCGACUGGAUUACGUGAUCAACGAGGUGUUCUUGAGUGUGCCAGAGAAGCCUGACGAAGUUCCCAAUCAUCCUGAGCAGGUUAAGACAGAUGGUGGAACCUUUGUGGAGUAUUAUCUAGUGGGCAAUAAUGCAUACUUGCACAACGACUGGUUGGGGUGUGCGUACUUCUUCGAGAAGGCUGUGCAGGAGUUCAGGGAUUAUUCUGGGGUGGUGGCAAAUUGUCGGAUUAACUGCGAGUACGAGAGGCAGAAUGGGGAACCACUGUUUCCCGAGAAUCCGGAGAAUAUUCAUUUCUUCGAUGGGAUUAUGAGAAAGACACUGUGCUUGAAGAAGUGCCUCUUCAGGGAUUUGGCCAAGGCUUAUAGAUUCUUCGAAGUGGACGAUGCUUUCCGGGAAAUUUUUCACAGUAGGAAACCGUAUGAGUAUCUCCAGCUUUGCCACUUCAAAAAUGGUGAUCUGCAGAAGGCAGUUUCUGCCGCUGCCACCGUCUUGGCGAUGCAUCCGGAGCACAAAUUGAGUGUUGGGAAUCUCAAGUACUACUCAACACUGGAAGAAUUCCGGCCAGAGUUCCUUAAGGAUGAGGAAAAGAAGCGCUUUGUUGACUCAUACCUCAAAGGUAUGGACUUCUAUAGGGAGUCAAAGUGGCAGAAUUGCAUUGAUGAGUUUGAAAAGUCUCUGAUGACUUUCGACCAGGAGGAAAACAUUUGCCGGGCCUUCUGUGAAGGAUCAUUUAAUCAGGGAUGGCACCCGGACUUCACCACCUCAACCGCGAAUCACUUCACUUACUGCCUGAGAUGUAAGAGGAAUUGUACAAAGGACAUGAGUAUUGUGGGCACGCAAAAGUAUCCAGACGUCUUUCCCAGUCACUAUGAAUAUCUCCAGUUCUCCUAUUUUAAUGUGGGCAAUCUUGAGCAGGCCAUCAAAUGCACAAUGACUUACUUGCUCUUCUUCCCAGAGAAUGAAGUGAUGCUGGAGAACCUGGAGUUUUACAAGAACCAUCCAGAGGCCAAAGAGGAGUUUUUCGCAGUCAGAAAGGAAGCUCUAGAAUAUUACCAGAGAUCGCGAUAUGAGAAGACCCUUCUUCAAUUCAUCAAUGAGGAAUUCACGAAGUUCUUCGAAAAGCAGAAAGCAAAUUCCUAGUAAAUAAUUCUAGUUACUACUUAAAAUUCAUGCAGGAAAAUUUCAGUUUAAAUUGUAAUUUGAAAUGAAAAUACAUAUUUACAGUGCUUAUCAGUGUGUUAACGGUUAAUACUGCGCUGAAACAGUAUUAGAAGGGUAAACAUAUAACUGAUCAGGCUGCAAGUAAAUAGCAGGAAUAAUAGACAA